CAAGAACAUAAAACUAGAAAAAGAAUAUCUUCUAAAAAAUUAUUGUAGAUUUAAUAUUUAUUUACCAAGUAUGCCCAUAACUCGUCCUCCAAAGACCGUAUACAUUUCUUCUUCUUGUGGUGUAUUUUCGUACUAACGUGCUACUCCAUUCCCUACUCCUAAUGGAACAAUGCUAAUGGAGUGUUCAACUGAUACAUCAUACAUACAUGUGAUAUGAAUAUGAAGCACCCAUCAAUAACUGGGAACCUUGUUGCCUCUUGUAGGAGACGUCACUACGGCGAGGUUCUCCGUCGCUAUUUGGAUUUGAAGAACUCGAAAUUCAGUUUGGAUUGCUCUGCCAUCACGCUUUGCCUCAAAAGUUGCGUUGCUCUUGGGAGGCUCGAAUUUGGAAAAAGGGUUCAUGUUGAUUCCAUCAAGCUUAAUUUGAACUCUGACUGCUUUGUUGGUUCCUCUCUCAUUCGACUCUAUUCAGAAUAUGGGAAAUUGGAAGAUGCACACAGGGUGUUUGAUGAAAUUACCAACAAGGAUCUUGUGGCUUAUACCUCCAUCAUCACUGCCUAUGCUCACUCUGGUGGUUCAUGUGUUUAUGGGGCCUUCCGGAUUGCUUCAACAAUGCAGGACCAACGCCUCUAUCCCAAUAGAGUAACCUUAGUGAGCUUGCUGCAUGCAGCUGCGAAACUGGGCUCGCUUCAAGAGGGACGUGCAAUCCAUGGUUAUGCUAUUAGAAGAGGAUUUGGCGUGUGUGAUGAGAUUUUUGAGACUACCCUUUUGGACAUGUACCAUAAAUGUGGGGGUGUAAAGAUGGCUGCUGCUGUUUUUGGCAAGAUGAAUGCUACAAGUACGACUGUUGGAUCUUGGAACCCCUUGAUAGCUGCUUAUCUUCAUAAUGGACAGGCUUUAGAAGCUUUUGAACUUUUUCGUCAAAUGAUUCAUAGAAAGGUUUUGCCUGAUUUGUUAACCUUGGCCAAUGCUAUUCUGUCCUGUGCUGAGUUGGAUUAUUUAUGUCACGGAAAGAGUAUCCAUGGAUACAUGAUCCGGAUGGGGGUGGAACCUGAUAUGGUAGCUUGCACUGCUUUGGUUGAUCUAUACUCUAAAUUUGAUGUAACCAAAGCUAGAAAAAUGUUUGAAAGGUUGAGGAAUAAGGACGCUGUGAUAUAUAAUGUUAUGAUGACUGGUUAUCUCAAAAAUGAUUUGCCUGUGGAGGCGAUAAAUGUUUUUCAUGAAAUGAUCAAGAUGAGUGUUAGUCCCAAUGUGGCUUUGUUUCUGAAUUUAAUUUCUGCAGUGUCAGACUUGAGAGAUAUCAGACUAGCCAGGUCUAUCCAUGGGUAUGUUUUGAGGCAUCAAUACAUUACACGUGUGGAAAUUGCAAAUCAAAUCAUUCAUACAUAUGCAAAAUGUGGGUAUUUACAGUAUGCAAGGUUAGUCUUCAAUAGGAUGAGAUCAAGGGACUUGGUUUCAUGGACCUCAAUGAUAACGGGUUAUGUUCAUCAUGGCCAUAUCGAUGAAGCCAUUAUUUUGUUUCGUUUGCUGCAGAGAGAAAAUCUAAGAAUUGACUCUGUUACUCUAAUUAGUCUCCUUCAGGCAUUAUCCCAGCUUGGAUGUCUAAGUGCUGUUAAGGAAGUUCACUGUCUCACUUACCGAGCUUUUCAUGGUAAAGAGUUGUCUGUAAAUAAUUCUCUUAUUACUACUUAUGCUAAGUGUGGAAAAUUAAAUAUGGCUAGAUAUCUAUUUCAGCAAAUGACUGAACGGUGUCUCACAUCCUGGAAUGCAAUGCUAGGAGCAUAUGCAAUGCAUGGAAAUUAUGCAGAGGUGCUGAAACUCUUUAAUCAUAUGAAAUUGGGAAAUAUUAAACCUGAUGAAUUAACCUUUACAUCGAUACUCACUGCCUGCAGCCACUCAGGAUUGGUAGAAGAGGGUCUACAGAUUUUUAGGAGCAUGAUUAGAGAAUACACCAUAGUUCCAGGUGAAGUUCAUUAUAAUUGUAUCAUAGAUUUAUUAAGCAGAGCUGGACAGCUUACAGAGGCAUACAAUCUGGUUAAAAGCAUGCCAUCAACACACAGUUCUGCUGCACUGUGUACUUUACUUUCUGCUUGCAGACUCUAUGGGGAUACAGAGAUUGGUGAGGCUAUUGCUAAGCAGAUAUUAAAACUGGAACCACGUAACUCAAGUUCUUAUGUUUUGAUAUCAAAUAUAUUAGCAGAAGGGGGAAGGUGGGAUGAAGUAGCUCAUAUAAGGGCCAUGACAAAGGAUAAAGAAUUGAAGAGUACUCCAGGAUAUAGUCUGAUAGAGCUAGACAAGCAGCGAGAGGUGUGAUUGGUCCCUUUUCACAAACUUGCUGUGUGCAAUCCAUUUUGCGCAUCUUGUCUAAUCAUCCAAGUCUCCUCAACAUGGCCACCAUCUCCUGGAUCUGCCCUGUAUCAUUAGGAAUUGGUUUAAAGAGGAUCAUUUCUGUUCAUUCCUUUUUCAUCUUAGUAUUUGCUCAUUCAAUUAUUUUUAAUUUUGAAUGAGCAAAAUGCUUCUAGCUCUUGUCAAGGGCUGGUAAAGGCUUCCAAACAUGGCUCUGAACCACACAACAAAGACAUCAAGCUAGGCUUUUUCUCACUAGGGGGAGUCAACUACAUGUAUCCAGCAAUGGUAUAGUGUCCUAUCAUGAAAAAUGCGAUUCAUGUCUAAGGACAACCAUCCAUAACUCUCCCUAUAUGCAUUACAUAGCCUAUCCCAAGCUAUGGAUGAUCCUCAUAGUCCAUCCUUUCUUCAUCACAAAGACAGUCCAGGAUUGGUAUCGGUAUCUCAGUUUCUUACCGGUGAUAAUUACCAUUCUUGGAAUUGCGCCAUGGCCAUGGCUUUGAGCGUGAAAAACAAACAUGGCUUCAUUGAUGGAAGCUUUUCUUGUCCUUCAGCCGACUAUCCUGCCCUUCUUCAAGCUUGGACUCGCAACAAUCACAUAGUGAUGUCUUGGAUCCUCAAUUCAUUUUCUAAGGAAAUUGGAUCCAGCAUUAUCUACUGCCAGACAGCUCAAGACAUCUGGAAUGAUCUAAAGGAUAGAUUUCAAUAAUUGAAUGGACCCAGGAUUUUUCAAUUGAAAAUAGGACUCAUAAAUCUUCGACAAGAUCAAUUGUCUGUAAGUCACUCAUUAUGCCAAGGACCAAUGACAGAUGGUUCUGAACAAUACAAUGAAAUUUGUUCUUUUUAAACCAUAUAAUGUUGAUAAAGAAAUUUGUAUAGUUUCA